AUGUCGGUCCUUCACCACCAAAAUUAUGGUAACCCGCCGGAAAUCAUCGGCUAUGCCGAGCCCUGGAUAGUGGCCCCUGGAGAUAAUGUCGCAGUGAAGAUAUCAUGCACGGAGCCCGAGUACAGUUAUCGCAUUAUUCGACUGAUUCAGGGCAUUGAACUUGACAAUUCUCCGCAGAAGUGCGAACAAGAGAUCGAAGAGAUCCCACGGGGUCAGAGACCAGGAAGGUUUCAAUCCGCCAAACCUGGAUCGUAUGGAUAUAUUCCUGCUUGGUGCCCACUCAACGUGGAUGGCGGGCUCCAAGUCUCUUUCUACAUGCAACCAUGGCUUCUGGGUUGCCCUCACACCCAGAACCUGAUCUCGACCCUCAGUCCAACGUCCCAGACUGGGUUCUGCAUUUCUCUGAACAAUCAAGGGUCGCUUGAUAUCAGUGUGGGGAAUGGUCUUCGUGUCGAAGAGAUUGGCACCGCGCUGCGACCCAAGCAAAAGACUUGGACAAAGGUCAAGCUCGUCAUUCAUUCUAAGCUGGUGCAGCUGAGCUUGACUCCUGUCUCCUUCCGAGCUGAGCCUGUUCCUGCCCCGACCUCUUUCCAACACACAUUGAAAACGGAAGCUCUGUUAUUCAAGCCUGGACCUCUUCUCAUCGCCGCAGCACUAGGCGAUGGAGUUGAGAAACGCCACUUGGCUCUGGAAUCGCAGGCAGUUGACUUCUUCAAUGGCCGAAUCGACUGUUUGAAAUUGAAGGCAUGUGGUUCUAAGCCAUUGGUACUGGCCAAAUACGAUUUUUCAUUGAACAUGUCGACCGAUCGCAUCGUCGAUAUAUCGGGCCAAGGCCGCCAUGGGAUCCUGGUCAAUGGGCCAACUCGUGCUGUAUGCGGCUACAAUUGGGAUGGGUCCGAGGGUGACUGGACGCGAGCCAAGCUCGGCUAUGGUGCAAUACAUUUCCAUGAUGAUGACUUGGAUGACGCGGGAUGGGAAACCGACUUCACCGUCACAAUCCCGUCAAAUGCACGUUCUGGCGCUUAUGCGAUCGAGGUGGACACCACCAACGGACGAGAUCGUGAUAGCAUAACCUUCUUCGUACGGCCGGAACAAUGGACAGGAGAUAAUCGUGGCAAGGUUUGUCUUGUCUUCUCUACAUUUACGUACCUCGCCUACGCCAAUGAACGUCUAUAUGACACCACCCGUCAGAACACCGCCGACCUCGGCCCCGGGUUCGACAUUGAGAAGACAUUAAAGAGCGGCGAAUUUGAGAAGAUGCGCAGGCGCACUGACCUCGGCUUAUCAUGCUACGAUCGCCAUUCUGAUGGGUCCGGAGUGUGCUACUCAUCGGCAAAACGUCCGAUCCUCAAUGUACGCCCGGGGUACAUUAUGUGGGCGUUUUCUCGCCCGCGCGAGUUCUCGGCUGACCUCAUGAUGAUUGGUUUCCUGGAGCGUGAGGCCAUCCCGUAUGAGAUCCUCACCGACCACGACCUGCAUACCCGUGGGAGCAGCGCUCUGCAAGGAUUCAACACCGUCAUCACAGGCAGCCAUCCUGAGUAUCCUUCACUGCAGUCUUAUGGUGCCUACAAUGCCUUUUCCAGGGGGGGUGGAAAUCUUAUGUACAUGGGUGGUAACGGCUUUUAUUGGGUGAGCGCCGUCAGUCAUGCGUCGCCGCAUAGGUUGGAGAUACGAAGGGGUGAUACCGGCGUACGUCCCUACAGCCUUCCUGGCGGCGAGCACGUCAAUAGUCUUGACGGCCAACGAGGUGGACUUUGGAGGUCCCGUGGGCUGAGUUGCAACACAUUAUUCGGAGUAGGGUUUUGUGCCCAAGGCACAGGUCUUGGAAUUCCAUAUCGACGAACCAAGGUAUCCCAUGAUCCCAGGUUUUCUUGGAUGUUCAUGGGUGUAUCCGGUGAGCUGAUUGGGGAACAUGGUUUUGGAGGGGGCGCUUCAGGGGACGAGAUUGAUCGCUAUGAUGUGGCCAACGGAAGCCCCGGGGCCGCUGUGGUAUUAGCGACGAGCAUUGGCCACAGUGACGACUUUGGAAUUGCGAUCGAGGACCUCAGCUAUCCUGCUCUGAGCACCCUUGGGACCCAGACGGACCUCAUUCGCAGCGACAUUGUUUACUAUAUCGGUUCUGGCGGUGGUGCCGUCUUUAGUGUAGGCAGCAUCAACUGGUACUGCUCGCUGGCUUGGGAUGAUUACCGCAACAACGUUGCAAGGCUCACCGCUAACGUCAUCAAAGGGUUUCUCGUCGGGAAAGAAAAGCAUCAAUAA